UCCAGUGCAGUUUCAACGGCGACAUAAAACCAGUAGCCAAACCCAUAAAACACAAAUCGGGUCGUCGGAUCAUCGUUUCUCCAGAUUCAAUGGCGUACCUAACAGCCUAGGCCUAGCAACUACCAACGGCGAAAAACCUGGUUCGGAAUUGUCGGAACCAACCCGGACCCGAAUCCGGGGGUUUCAUACCCACCCACCCACUCACAACCACUCCCCCAUUCUUCUUCUUCUUCUUCUUCGAUUCCCCGGAGAUAGAAUGGUAGCUGUCGUUGAAGCUCGUCAGCUGAGCUUUCCCAAGCCGCCGCCUCUUUCUCUCUCUCUCUCUUCUCCUCCUCACAUCACCUCUCUCCUCUUCGACCCUACUUUUCUCUCGCUAGCGCUCUAUCACUCCGAUUCCUCCUUCUCUCUUUACCCCUCUUUCUCGCCCUUGUCUCCCCAUUUUGCUCUCCCUCCUCCGCAAACCCUAGUCCCGCCGCCGAUCUCCUCCGCCACUUUCCUCGCCCUGCGCGACGCCGCCACCCCCAACCCUAAUUCACUCUUCAUCGCCUCCUCGCCUCUUUCCGGCGGCUCCGCCGUCCUGCUCCGCUUUUAUAUCCUCACCCCCGCCAGGAAAGGCUUCGCCAGAGCCAGAGUUGUGUGCAAUCACAGUGAUCUUAAACCGGAAGCGAGCAAAUUGGGGGUCGUUUUUGGGGUUAGUCAUGGGGUUUCGGUGAAAUUGGCUGGAUCAGUCAACGUGUUUGCAAUGUACUCUAUUUCGAAUGCGAAGAUUUGGGUUUUUUCCGUGAAGCACCUCGGACAUGAAGAGGUGAAAUUGAUCAAGUGUGCUCUGAUUGAUUGCUCUACUCCAGUUUUUUCAAUGAGUCUUUCGUUCGGGUUCUUGAUUCUGGGGGAAGAGAAUGGGGUUCGGGUUCUACCUUUACGGCCCCUGGUUAAAGGGAGAGCUAAGAACAACAAGAGCACUAGUCAAAAGAAUGCUACUAAUGCAUUGGAACGAGAUAAUAAGAUGGACAGUAAAAGGCAGAAUUUGCAAAAUGGGAUGAUUAAUGGAAUGGAUUCAAAGAUUUUCUUCAGCUAUAGAGGCAAAAUGGUGGGUAGUCAAUCAGAAUUGAAAUUGCCUUCAAAUAGUCAUUUGAAUGAGAAAAGUGAUCAGCAUUCUGAGUCUGUAAAGUUGAGGUCUAUCAAAUUGAGACAAGAUUCUAGAGAUUUGGGUGCAAGCUUCAUAGCAUUCAAUCACAAGGUAGACAACUUCGAAUCAGUUAAAGUGCCUAUAAGAUCGGUCAAGGCUAUAACCAUCCAGGCCUUAUCUUCAAGGAAGUUUCUGAUAUUGGACUCUGUUGGGAAGUUGCACAUCUUAUCCCUCGCCAAUUCUGCCCCUGGUUCUGAGAUCAAUGGUCACAUGAAGCAGUUGAAUCACACCAUGAGUGUCCAAAAGAUGGCUGUUCUUCCUGAUAAUUCAACAAGAGUGCAAGCCGUUUGGUUGUCAGAUGGGCUCCACAGUAUGCAUGUGAUGGCAGUUACUGAUAUAGAAAGUUCUGUUAGUGAAACAGAAAACAAAGAGACUGAUGAAAGGCUAUUGCAAACUUCAGUUUCUCAAGCCAUAUUUUCCAGUGAAACAAUCCAAGAAAUAGCACCUGUGACUGCGAAUUCAGUUAUGCUACUUGGACAAGGAAGCAUGUUUGUAUAUGCAAUUUCUUAACUGUGCAUAAUUGUUCAUUUGUUCUCUCAGUGGAUUUGGUGAUUUGUGCUUCAAAGUGGCAUUUUGGUGAUUGAAAGAUUUUGCUGGGCAUAUUUUGUUAGAUGCCUUGAGCUUCAUCUCUCUUAUAUAUAUCUAAUGAUGCAUAUGACUCCAAGGACGCCGAGCUCUUAAAGAAUGCUGCCAAAGGAUCUUAUAUAGUGGAGGUCUAUUCUUUUAGCAAUCCAUGGCAGCAUGUUGCACAAUGAAUCUUGUUCAUUUAACUGCAGGACAAAAAUGGGCGGUAAUCAUGUAAGCCAUGCAACUAUUGGUGGUUCACACAUACCCAUUGGAGUCCUUCACGUCAGUUCUCCAAGUUGGAUGAGGGAUUAUUUCGGCAUCCAUCCAUGGUGUACAAGUGGUCCUCUCUUACCAUAUUGUUGGAUACUCUUUGAUUUUGAGACUGGAGAGUGGUGGCUCCCAUUCCAUGUGUGUGUACUAAGCCCCGAUGGUGCUGAAAACCAGGGAGGACAUUGCUAGCUAGUAGAUGAUUCAUUUCUUCUUGUCUUCCUGGUAUUUGAUGAUCCAUACAGAAGAGCUAACGAUAAGAAUUUGGGUGCACUCUUCGUUUCCAUAUAUUGCCCUUCAAUUAUCAGAUAAACCUAACAUCCAUGUCCUAUUCCAUGAAUAUUUUUGUUUGCAUCCCAUACUAAUCCUGUUAUGUCUAUCUUGUUAUCUGUACUGGAUUCCUUCUGUCACAUUCUCAGAUUUAACUUCAAAAUGUGAAAUUGCUGGUCUAACAUUGGAGUUUCAGUUUCUUGGGUAUUGCCCAGUAAAAGUUCAAUUUGGUGGGGA